UACAUUGAACUCAAAGUCCGUUCAUGAUAAGAUAACAAGACAAUCUUGUCAACGUGUCGAUGAUAACUUAACAUUACCCGGUGUAAUACCUAAACAAGGAAUUAAAAGGAUGUCAAGCGAAUUCACUCUUUGUCCAUCGUGUGGCAAAAUGUUUGAGGAGCCAGUAACGCUCGGCUGCUUUCAUACGUAUUGUUUUCAAUGUGUGUCUAAACCAAACGAAAAAUAUGUCUGUUCUAUUUGUAACUUUGAGCAAAAUGGUAGCGGGGUCAAUACGUGCAGUUUCACUCAAACAUUUUGUGAUGUCAUUCGGACGGAGAGAAAACUAAAAGAUGUUUGUUUUGGCUGUGUCGAGAAUUGUGCUGCCAACUACUGCUUUAAUUGUCAGGACUCCUAUUGUUCGAAAUGCUCAAAAAGUCACCAGGAAGGUGUCGGCAACACACAUGAAAUCGUAUCGUUUGCGUCUGUUCUUGAACAUGGCUUCGAAAAGAGAAAAUCUAUCUCGCCUCUUUGCCAGUUGCAUGGUUUGAGCCUCGCUCAGUUUUGCAUGACGUGCAAGAGACUUGCGUGUGGUGAUUGCGUGAUUUCGGAACACAAGGGUCAUUGGUGUCUACCCUGUCAAAAAGCUUUAACCCAGUCAGCGGAUGACAUUAAGACAACCUCGAAAUUUCUGAGACGUUUUCAUGCUGAGUAUCAUAAACAGUGUCUCUUCGUAUUGGAUUAUUUAGACAAAGAGAAAGAACGAAUUAAAAACGAAAUAAGAAACCUAUUCUUAGAGAUUCGACAAAUUUUGGAAAAGAGAGAAAAGAGUUUGAUUCAGAGCGUUGACGGAGUAUUUGACGAAGAAAAGAAACGUUUAAAAGAGAGAGAAAGGGUUUCUUCUCGAAUGUGCUCUUCGGCGGCAGCUGCAAGCACAAAACUCACAUUCAUCAACAAGUACGGUACCGCGACCGAAAUGUUGGCAUAUCAUUCCAGAAUCAAAGAAAGCAAGCUGUCGGCAUAUUGUGCGACUCAUGUGCAACUUCUCCCAAAAGCUGUCGUGAAUCAAUCAUCUUCGCUGAUUUCCGAAAUCGAUGGUCUUCUAGAGAGGUUGAACUGCACAAUCUCUCACCAAAAGGGAGACUAUGUGAAGCGAUUACUAAACAGUUGCAGUGUUCAACUGAACGAUACUUGCGCUUUCAAAGGCGAGGCCCAGUGAUGCAUCAUGGUAGAAACCCAUUCGAUUUCCCGUCAAUCAUACUCGAUCGUCUGCUUGUCGUCAAUGGUCGACGGAUAAAUCCGUU